AUGAGCUCCAACAUCUCCCCAGAGAAGAACCCUGAGGGAGAUGCAGGGAGAACAGGGCGGAAGCCCAUGGUGAGAGAUGCUUCCAAAGACAUUUCCAUAUACUUCUCCAAGGAAGAAUGGGCAGAGAUGGGAGAACUGGAGAAAAUUCACUAUAGGAAUGUGAGAAGGAACGAUAAUGUGCUGAUUAAUUUAGGUGUCGGAGCCUCUCAACCAGCUUUCCUGUGUCACCAAAGGCAGACCAAGCACCAUGUGGAUGACACUGAGGAUUCUGAUGAAGAAUGGACACCUCGACAGAAAGUCAAACCUCCUCGGGCGGCCUUCAGAGUGGGACAGAGUAAACACCAGAAGGGAAUGUCCAGGGCACUGUUAAGUAAUGAAUCUAGUUUGAAGAAAUUGCCCGGAACAACAGAUUUCCUGAACACAAGUGACUCAGAGAAGGCCCAGAAACGAGUGUCCCCUCCUGCAGAAGCAAGUACCUCCAGACGGCACUCUAGACAAAAAUUGGAACUCGAGAGAAAGGAGAUUGAAGUGAAGGUGUACAGCCUGCGAGAAAGAAAGGGUCGGUCAUACAAAGAGGUCGAUGAGCCUCAGGAUGAUGACUACCUGUAUUGUGAGAAAUGCCAGGACUACUUCAUCGACAGCUGUGUGGCUCAUGGACCCCCUACCUUUGUAAAGGACAGUGCAGUGGACAAGGGGCAUCCCAACCGCUCAGCCCUCACUUUGCCCCCUGGGCUGAGAAUUGGGCCGUCGCGCAUCCCUGAGGCCGGGCUUGGAGUAUGGAAUGAGGCAUCCGAUCUUCCACUGGGUCUGCACUUUGGCCCCUUUGAGGGCCAGAUCACAGAAGAUGAAGAGGCAGCCAACAGUGGCUACUCCUGGAUGAUCACCAAGGGGAGAAACUGCUAUGAGUAUGUGGAUGGAAAGGACAAAUCUCGGGCCAACUGGAUGAGGUAUGUGAACUGUGCCCGGGAUGAUGAGGAGCAGAACCUGGUGGCCUUUCAAUACCACGGGCAGAUCUUCUAUCGAACUUGCCAGGUCAUCAGGCCGGGCUGUGAACUGCUGGUCUGGUACGGGGAUGAAUAUGGCCAGGAGCUGGGUAUCAAGCGGGACAGCAAGUGGAAGAAAGAGCUCACAGCAGGGAGAGGUGGGCACCACUAUUAUUCUUUAAAUAGAACAGAAGAGAAAGAAUUCUCCUUGGGAAUUUUCAUGCGAUGCACAGCAGAGCAGCCCUCUGAGCCACCAGCCUGCGCCAUGGCAACUUCACAGCAGCUGGAUUUAGAGGCGUGA